AUGGACAUGGGAAAUCUGUUAGAUGAGGAUCAAGAAGUGCAGAGUCCUUACUUCAGAUCUUACAAGUCGUGCAAAAUUGAGUACAUAACAAUAUGCAAUGAGCCUGACUGUGAAUGGAAGUUGAGAGCGUCGAGAAAUAAAAAAUCAAGUGUAUUCAUUGUGCGAAAAUUUAACAAUGUACACACUUGCAAAGUUGGGGAAAGGAUGGCCGAUAAAAGGCAGGCAACGUAUGAUUUGGUUGGAAACUUCAUAAAGGAUAAAUACUCAAACUUCAAGACUAGGGGAUUAGAUCUCACAAAAGGACAUCCGACUGAUUCAUACCAAUUGCUGCCUUCUUAUCUACACGCGCUGAAAACAACAAAUCGCGGGUCUGUUGCUGAAUUGGAAAGAAGAGAAGACAGAUUUGUUUAUGUUUUUAUAUCGUUGAAUGCAUCAAUUAGAGGAUGGGGUUAUUGCAAGCCGAUAAUUGUAGUGGACGGUACGUUCCUCAAAGCAGCUUAUGGAGGAACUCUUCUAACGGCAGCGAGUCAAGAUGCAGCAAAUAAAAUUUUUCCUCUUGCAUUUUGUGUGGUAGAUUCUGAAAAUGAUGCUUCAUGGGAGUGGUUUUUUAACAAACUUAGAGAAACAUUCGGCGUGAGGGAAGGAAUGUGCAUUAUCUCGGAUCGACAUGACAGUAUUAGCAAAGAAAUUGAAAAGGUAUUCCCGGAAGCACAUCAUGGAAUUUGCACCUACCAUCUUUUCAAAAAUGUCAAGGCAAGAUAA